CCUCCUUCCCUCCCUCCCUCCGUCCCUCCCGCCGCGGCUGCCAGCCCCGCCGGCACCAUGGGCUGCUGCUGCCGCCUCCUCCUCGCCCUCCUCCUCCUCCCGGCAGGACUGGGCAAUGACUCCACAGCAUCGCCCCUUGCCCCCACCAGCUCUCCCUUCCCCUUGGAGAGGAUCCCAGUGGGGCCAGGCUCCAGGGAUGCAGUUGUCUCCACACCAGUUUCUGGCCAGCCCUCGCUACCCACAUCCACAGGACCUUCCAGAGAUGGGGUGUCCCCCAGGCUAGUGGAGAGGGAUGGCCACAAUGCUACCCCCACGGCAGCACUGUCCCCUGCUCCUGCCUCCAUCAAUGUGAGCUCCAUCACUGCAACCACCAUCACCACAGCAGACAGCCCAUCUGAAUCUUCCAACGCCAGCUUGGUGCCAACAAUCUUGCAGACAGCCCCAGGUCUUCGGACAGCAAAUACUGCCACCUUGGCAAGAGGCACGACGGAUCUGGGGGCAGCUGCCAGCCCCACGGGUAUGCCUGCAUCAUCAUCAUCAUCAUCAUCAUCAUCAUCCUCUUCCCUCCCCACCAGCGACCUGUCCUCAUCCACUGGGACAGUCUUGUCCCUAACAUCUGUCCUCACAAGCCCCAGCACCACCCGGCCACCAGAGCUGACUAAGGAAUCCCCUUCUCUGGGGACGCUGGCCAUGGCAUCAAGCCUGGCUGUGGAGCCAACGUCCCCCCCAGAGACUGUGACGAACCCCACCACAGUCGAGGCCGUGACCAUGGACAAAACCACCCUGUCCACUGGAGUCAUCAUGGAAGAGGUCCCGCGUGCCUUGAGUGCAGGGAGCAUCGUGGCCAUAACUGUGACAGUCAUCGUGGUCGUGGUGCUGGUUUUUGGAGCAGCGGCGUACCUCAAGAUCAGGCACUCCUCCUACGGCAGGCUUUUGGAUGACCACGACUAUGGCUCCUGGGGCAACUACAACAACCCUCUCUACGACGACUCCUAGCAGGGAUGAGGAGAAAAUAUUUAAAAAAAAAAAUUAAAAAAAAUCCUUAAUUUAUAAGCGUUUCUGCAGCAGAGCAUCCGCUGUCAAGGAGAUGCCCGGGUGCCGAGCCACUGCUGCGGGCAGGAUGACGGCGGGUCCGGAGGACGACAGGCAACCAGAGGGCAGGUGUGCAGUGCCUACAAUAAACCUGAAUUUUGGCGUUUGUGUAGGAAA